UUGCAUUCAAAUACUCCUUUUUAUGGCUUUUUGUUUUAUACUUUUUGUUAUAUACAUAAAAUAAAAACAAGCUGAUACGUAACCGGAAUGACAGCAGAUUGCUCUUAUAUCCAUGCGAAUAAGCUCAGACCAUUUCUAGCUUCACAGAGCCCCUCAUCAUGGUCCUAAAAGAUAUGUUGCUGUUAUUUUCACUCUUGGUUUCAUUUCAAUCUACGAUCAGGGCGGAAACCAAAAUGAGACAAAUUGCAACAUAUCAAGCCGAAUUGUAUCCUGAAUACUGCAACCCUUUUGACGGUUUUGGUACAGUAUGUUCGCUUUAUGAAUUCAGAGCGAGUUACGUCGCCGAUGCAGUGAAGUCAAGUUUAGUUGAUACUGAUGUAGUAUGUUUACAAGGAGUAUACUACGACGUAGAUCUCGACACAAUUGUACGAGGGACUGAGAAAUUAUUCCCGUACUCCUUUAGCUUCAACCACGAUCCAAUGACAGGAAGUUAUGAAAAAUCUACGCAUGCGCCAUGUUCAGAUGACGACAGGGAAGGAGUAGAACAGGUGGCAGCGUGUGAAGAUCACGAAUGUCAUUCUGAAACCGAGCGAGAUGAAUAUAUAGGUUGUUUGGAAGACAGUUGUAAAGUAAAUGGGUCAAGGUCUAUCAGUGAUGUUUUUCUUGAACUAUCAGAGACCUGUGUUGCGUGUAUUGUUCUAGGUACGAAAAGAAAUGCCAUGGAUUGUUUUGAGCAAAAAUAUGCCGUCAAUCCAACCGGUCUUCUUUUACUGAGUAAACACAACAUAACUCAUUUUGGAAGAGAGGAAUUCCCACAUAAACACGAAAUUGUAAGACACGGAUUUCUUCAGGUUAAGAUUGAAUAUGUUGGAAACGUAGUAUGUACUGUAAUGCAGGCAAACCUUGGAGAGAAGUAUAUUGACAUUACAGAAACAACAAAUUCGUAUACAGCAAAGAACCUCCAAGAAGCUCAAUGGCUCGUACAGAAGACUAAUGAAACCGAAAAUGUCAUUAUAGCUGGCUGUUUGAAUGUAAGUCCGAUAUUGACUAAGGGAGCAAUUGCACCCCAGUUUCCGUAUUCAAUGGACUCAUUCAAGUCAGCUGGAUUCCGUGACCCAAUCAGCGAAUCAUAUUCCGACGAAUUUGCCAGCUGUACAUACUGUUUCUCUGAUGAUUAUGCAAAGGAAAAAUACGAUUUAGAAGAUUACGACGGCUAUAUUUUUGACCAUGUAUUGGUCAGAGGGUAUCAUGUUAUAAGCGAAAAGACUUUUCAUUCGAAAGGAUCUAGUAAAAUUAACCUGAGAGUCAUUAUGCACGAACCAGCAAAAGGAGAUGAAUUUAAAGCGAUAUCUGCACAUUUUUGCGUCAGAGUCUACAUUGAAGUAGAUGAUAAAGAUUGGUUAGCUGAUGAAAAUUAAUUAGCUGAUGAAGAUUGGUUAUCAAACGUUUAAAUGUAAUUAUCUUCAAAUAAACAGUGUUUCAUAUAUUUUUUUCUUUCUUAUAUUGCACCUACCGGUAUUGGAAAUGAAAAUAAAAUGAAAAAUAUACUGUACAAAAUGCAAUACACAAAUCAACGUAGAUAAAUAAAAGAAAGUACAUUUAUAUUGCAUGGAAGGCAUGCAACUAUUAGUUCCAAUAAAAGGCAUCUUACACGAGAUCAUAUUCUGUGAAUGUAAAUGACGUGUUUAUAC